AUGGAAACCUUCAAUGAAACCGGAGCAGUUGAUUAUCUCCCCCUGCUGGCCGACCUUGAUGACGCCUACGCGCAAUUAGAGCAGAAUACGGGAGUGAUCCUCAGUGAAGGUUUGUUGGAUUACACGGUGAGGGCCGGGCUUAGCUUGGCCGGUUGGAAGCCUAUGAAAGACCCCCAAAUGAGUGUGCUUGAAUGGUUUUACUUCGACUGGGAGUAUUCGUAUCCACCAGAAGUGUCCUCUGCCCUCUUCACAAUUACCAACUACAACACGACAUUCUAUCAGUACAGUGAGGAGAACAACUUCGUAAUGGACUCAAGAGGCUUCAAUGUCUUCAUCAGGGGUGAGGCGGCGGAAUUUCUGAACUGUACCGAGGAAUUUGACUGCUCCGAAGAUCCUCGAAUGCUCCUCAACACGAUUGUGACCAAUAUCUCGUAUUUUGACGAUGGUGUUACUAUCACGAACGAAGAUGGAUCUUGUAUCGAGGCUGAAUACGCCAUAUGUACAUUCAGUGUGGGUGUUCUACAACAUGAGGCUGUCACAUUUGACCCUCCGUUACCCGACUGGAAACAGAACUCGAUUGAAACUUUUCAAAUGGGUACGUAUACAAAAAUAUUUAUGCAAUUUCCAUCAGACCAGGUCUUCUGGAAUACAAGCAAUCAGUUCUUCCUCUACGCCGACCCGCUCACAAGAGGAUACUAUCCGGCAUUCCAGUCGAUCGAUUGUGAGGGCUUCCUGCCUGGCAGCGGCAUACUUUUUGUGACAGUGGUCGAAGAAGAGAGCUUUACCGUCGAAGCACAAGACGAGGAAGUCACCAAGCAACAGAUUCUGGAGGUCCUUCGAAACAUGUAUGGCACAGAGAACGUGCCCAUGCCGACGGCAUUUAUGUAUCCGAGAUGGAGCCUUGAACCAUGGACCUUUGGCUCUUAUUCAAACUGGCCGAUCGGUGUGACUCUUGAGCAACAUCAGAACCUCCGAGCCAAUCUUGGAAGACUUUACUUUGCGGGUGAGGCCACCAGCGCCGAGUACUUUGGCUUUCUGCAAGGAGCAUACUUCGAGGGCCAAUUUGUGGGGGAAGCUGUGGCGAGUUGCCUGAACCAGGAUGGGAAUUGCACGGAUUAUGCGCGGUAUGAAAGGCUUUACGGCAUAACACAGGCAACGGAAUAUAAUGCAACCAACGGGUGGCAUGUCACGAGCUUCCAGACGUACGGACUUGAAGACUAG